AUGCCAACACUCAAGCGUGACCGUGAAGCCAUGGACGACCAAGGUGCAAGGAAAAAGAUCAAGACUUCUCCCGUCGAUGAAACACACCACAUCCAACCCAUCAUGGAUCUGACCGCCGACGAACCACAAACAGCACCUGGAGCCCAAGUCCCUCCCUCACAAGAGCUUCAAGCACUGAAAACCCUCCGCGGCGACUUCGACGACAUCCGUCAACUCAUAACCUGCAAAAUCUGCGAACGCCUUCUCUACGAACCCUACGUAAUCUCCUGCGGCCACACUUAUUGCUACAGUUGCUUGUGCACCUGGUUCGGCACCACCAAGAAAAAAACAUGCCCAAAUUGCAGAGAAGUGAUUACACAACCACCAGCUCCUUCCUACGUCAUCAGAGAAAUGAUCAAUAUCUUCAUGAGGAGUCAUAAUAUCUUGCCUGAUGGAGAGGCUAUUGAGCAACAUCAGCAGUGGGCUUUUGAAGAGGCCGAGUUGGUGAGGAAUGAUAAGAGUAAUACGGAUCCGAAGACUGGAGGGUUGUUUAAGGGUAUUUUUCGUCAGAGGAGGAAGAGAUUGCUGCCGAACCAUGAUCCUGUUGAUCAUGUGGAUAGGUGUCCAAGGUGCAAUUGGGAGAUUGAAGAUGGGAUGUGCCAGAACUGCGGCGUGCUUAUGGAUAGCUGGAGUGACGACAGCGAUAUCAGCACGACCGACCUCUCAAACUCUUUGCAUGCAGAAAGCAUAGAAGACGACUUUGAAGAGGAUGAUAUGGAUGCCGACCCUGAGUUUGGAGAGCUUGAUGGAGACUUUGAUGGUGGACUUGAUAUCGAUUUUGAUCCUCAAGCUUAUGAUGCAUGGCUGGAACAGUCAGGGAUACUGGACUACUCUGACCAUUCGCCCACGCGAUCUGGAGGAGCCGCUGGACGCGCAGACGUGUUACGCCAAAUGACGCGCGAGAGAGGAAGAACUGCAGCUCAUAACGCUUUCCGUCGCGCCACACGGGAUCCUCAUGUCAUAGACGAAGAAGCCGAGGAUGACUUGAUGGGAUACGAGCAUGACGAAGAAGACGAAGACGAUGAUGAAGAUGACGAAGCAGGUUCAAUCGACGAUUUCCUGGAUGACAGAGACAUCAACGAUAUCACUGCCUACGACAUCAGUUCCCAAACUGCAGAGCCCACUCCAGCACGUCAACGCCACCAUCAUCACCGCUCUCACAACUCAAAUUCAAGUUCAGAUUCAGAAUCAGACUCUGAUUCCGACGGUGUACGCCAUAACCCCCACUUCCGCCGUCCACAAGUCCCUGUGUAUACAAUCCCUUCCGACGACGAAGAACCAGUAACACAACCUACGCGCUCCCGUCGCGCAACCCGUAUCGUUGAUAGCGAUGACUCCUCAGAAAGCGACUCGGCAGACGAAGACGACGAUGAAGGUCCUAGACGCCCCUCUACACGCCUCAACGUCCCAGCUUCCCGCCGCUCAAACCCUCCAGUCCUCGUGAACCGCAGACAAGCACGUCCAAUCCGCGUUCUGGACAGUGAAGACGACGAGGACGAAGAAGUUUCCUCCGCCUCCUCUCCCUCCCACCAUUCAGCAGAAGAGGACGGAGAUGCAGAUAUCCACUACAACAACUACAGCGAUGACAUUGAAGCAGUAGCACACGUCGGAGCAGAAGAAGGAUUUUCUCCUCUGCAAAGCGAGGGGCAAAGUGGCAGUGAAGACGAGGCAAGUCAAGGAGAUAGUGCAAGUGAAGGUGAAGGUGCUCAACACGCCGUAAACUAUUUUAACGUCUAUGGCGAGGAUGAGGAUGAUGGACAAGGAAGCAGUGAGGAUGAUGAUGAAGAAGAGGAUGAUUAUUGA